AGAGAGAGAGAGAGAGAGAACAAGAGAGAGAGAGAAUCUAGAAGGGCAGAUUUUAAUAAGAAAUUGAUGUCAGCCUUAAAUAUGUCAAGUUUAAGAUGCUGGCAGGACCUCUUGGUGGAGAUGCUUACCAGAAAGUUACAAAUCUGAGACUGGAAUUCAGGGCAGAGAUUGUGGAUGGACAUAUAGAUUUGGUAAUCAUGCGCAUAAAGCUGAUAUGAAAUAAUGAAGGGAGUGUAAAGAAAAAAGAGAAGAAAAUCCUACAUUUAGGAAUCAGCAGGAAGAUGAACAAACCAACAGAGAAAAGGAGAAGAACCAGAUGACAGCUAUGUCAUUAAGUCAAAGGAGGAAAAAACCUGCGCGCCGCCUUCUGAUUAGCUCGGGCCGAGCUCCCUCAGCCGACCAGCCGGAGACAUUAGGCCUCGCACUGUGAGCCCCGGGGAGAGGAGACCUUGCCCUGAGUCUGCUUCUUGGUCCUUGCGCUGACUGACCCUGCUGCUUGGACUGGAGAGGGGAAGGGUAGACUGCAACCCAGAGUCAAUUCCACCCCCGGGGGGGUUGGAAAGAGGAGCAGAGGGAAGGAGGAGUGCUUCUAGGCAGCAGGCAGCGCGAAGCCCCGCCGGGAGGAGCCAACUGCAAGCCCCGGAGAUGCGGCCGCUCCCGCCGCACCAGCAGCACGGAGGAGAAGCAAGAGGAGGCUCCGCAGAGAGAGGAGAUGGAGGCUUCUACCUUAACCCCUGCAGGCAGCGGCCAGGACCCGGUCCGGAGCUACAUAUCUCGGCCCAACGUCUCCACCCGCCCGAUGGCGAGAGAAGCUCCGGGCCAGGCGAUGCUUCGGAACUGAACCACGGCGACAGGGAUGCAGUCGGCUCUCCCCAGUGGCUCGGGACACCCCCGGCACCGGCCUGGAGCCCCAAGGGAGUCACCGGCAGCAAGUCGGUAGCUGCCGGGAAAGCUAGGUCCGGGGCCCCAGCUACUGCAGCUUGCCCGGGGGCGCUGUCCACUGCUGAAGCCCCAGGGGCUCCCGGGGCCGAAGACUCGACACUUCCAGCCUGGAUGCGACUCUAUUUCUACGGGAUGCACGGCAUCACCUUGGACGUGCUCAUUUCCUCGGCUCGGGGUUUCCUCCACAGCCCCGACCUGAAGAUGCUGGGCUUCUCCACUCCCUAUCACUGUCUGCUGCACUCGCUCACCCAGUUCGCCCUGGAGAAGGUCUACCUGCAGCGGCGCCGCUGUCCCAGCACCUUCGCCUUUAAUUUCCUCUUGUACCCCUCGGCCCACUUGGGGCUGCAGACCUUGGUGGGCAAGGCGCUACUGUUGAUAAGCCACGGGGGGCGGCAGUUGGGCGAAGCGGCGCCGGGAGCGCUGGAUCUAGCUCUCCAGUACUUGCUGGCAGUCUAUUACUCCCAAGUGUUUCUCAAGAGGUUCCUGCGCUUGCGAUACCGCCGCCCGCAGCCGCAGCCCCAGCCACAGUGGCGCAGCCCCCCUCCGCUGUCCGGCUCUCGGACAGCUGCGGCGCCCAGCACCGGGCGGCCGCGACCCCGGGGCGCAGGGGUGUUCGGGGGAGCGCCCAGCCAAGGGCUCCCUGACCUUCUCCGCUUUCUCUUCUUCGGGAUGCACGGUUUCCUAGAUGAGAUCUUUUUCACUUUCUUCUUUAACCUUCUGGAACAGGAGGACGGGGCCAUUAACGGUCACACUUCGCUCUGGUCUUUUUUUAUGUACGGCAGCUGCAGCUUUGUGGUGGAAAAGCUAUACUUCUACCUGCACUACAGCCGAGGCUGGGGGACCUGUAAGAGGAUUCCCAUCUAUGUUCUCUUCAUCUACACAUGGGAAUUGUCUUGGGGACUGGGACUCCGCAUGUGUGGGGGUUGUUCGUGGGACUACUCUCACUACCCAUUGAAUUUCAUGGGACUUAUCACCCUUAUGUAUUUGCCGGGUUGGAUAUUUCUUAGCUUCUACCAGGACCUGCUGUCCAAUGUGUUGUGGCGUGUACAAUACAUACCAACUAAAUGAAGCAGGAAAUAACAACUGAAGUCCCGGGACGUUUUUUAAAGGAAGUUUAAAAAGGGGGGGGGAGGUGUUUUUUAAUCUUUUACUUUUUAUACAUUUUACUAAAGUCACUUCGAACAUGUUUUAUUUACAAUUUUGGUUUUCUGGGUGUUUUGAACCUAUGCGUAAUAUAGUACCUUGAAAUAUGGCACUUUGGAGAUGAGUUCUAACUCAAAGUAUUUAACUCUUCUUUUAAAACUUUUGCUACAAACACACACACACACACACACACACACACACACACACACAAACCUUCCUACCUUAAAGACUGAAAGCUGUGGUUUACACUUACCUGUGGGUGCAUCAGUGAGGGCUACUAACCUUUCGUAAAUGGGAAGUGCUUCCAUGAAAGACCAAUAACUUUCAAAAGAUUUAGUGAAGUUUUCUAAUUUUCCUUUACAUAUUAAUCCAGGCUGCUACUUUUCAUGCCACCAAUGCCUGCUGAAAUUCACUGACCUGAACACCUGAAAUUGCAGCUUGUAACUCUCAAAGUGCCUCUGUCUAGCAUUUAAGUGGAAGGAAGGAAGCUGAUGAAUGUGGGAAUAAUCCUAAGAAUAGUAUCUAAAUAAGAGGUCUUUCCCAGCAGCUCAGACAGUUGACACUAUGUUAAGAUAUUGAUCUCCAUCUUGGAAAAGACUGCUUUCCAGUGUUGGUUAGCCUUAAACACCACGUGUAUUAAAGUUGAUAAAAUCUUAUUUUA